UUUGGUUGGUGCGCCUGCAGUUGCCGUGUGGAGACUUCUCCUUUUCUCUGGAAAGUUGAAGUUUUUCUCUUCAUUCCCCUCUUUUGGAAGCAAUGGCUUAAGUGGGUCUUCUUCUCUUCACAGAAUCUCAGUUUAAAAGAAAGGGAAAUUUGUCAUUUUGUUGAGCUCAGAGAAGCUGAGGCUUUUUGCAAUCAAACUAUCUAUUUGGACUAGAGUCCUGUUCCAGUUAGGUUGAAAUGAAGUGUUUUUCAUUCUACUACGGAGAGAAGAAGGACGAUCCUAAGAGCUUGCAGUUGCCGUCAUUAUCGGGUCGGUCCAAUAGUUCUACUUAUGUUGAGGGAGAGAUGAAGAGAUCUGGUUCUGAAUUAAAUUCUCAGAAUGCCUCAGACAAUAGCACAGACUCCCUCAGGAGGAAUGCAUUUCCCAGUUUAUCCCAAAGACCCAGCAACCUGAGAGUGUUUACUGUAUCUGAACUGAAAUCAGCUACAAAGAAUUUUAGUCGCUCUGUUAUGCUUGGAGAGGGAGGGUUUGGGUGUGUCUACAAGGGAUUCAUCAAGGGUGUUGAUGAACCUUCUAGAAAAAUUGAAGUUGCAGUUAAACAACUUGGUAGAAGAGGAAUUCAGGGGCAUAAGGAAUGGGUAACAGAAGUGAAUGUUCUGGGUAUUGUUGAGCAUCCCAAUCUUGUGAAACUAGUUGGGUACUGUGCUGAUGAUGAUGAAAGAGGAAUCCAGAGGCUUCUGAUUUAUGAAUAUAUGCCCAACGGCAGUGUGGAACACCAUUUAUCCCCACGAUUAGAAACUCCUCUCCCAUGGAAUAGGAGAUUGAAAAUAGCCCAAGAUGCAGCUCGUGGCUUAACUUACCUGCAUGAGGAAAUGGAUUUUCAGAUAAUUUUCAGGGAUUUCAAAUCUUCAAAUAUCCUUCUGGACGAGGAAUGGAAUGCAAAGCUGUCAGACUUCGGGUUAGCAAGACUGGGACCAUCUGAUGGGCUAACUCAUGUCUCAACAGCGAUUGUAGGAACAAUGGGGUAUACAGCUCCUGAAUAUGUUCAAACUGGACGUCUAACAUCAAAAAGUGAUGUAUGGAGCUAUGGUGUCUUCCUUUAUGAACUCAUUACUGGCAGGCGCCCUUUAGAUCGAAAUCGGCCCAAGGGUGAGCAGAAGCUGUUGGAAUGGAUAAGGCCUUACCUUUCAGAUGCUAAGAGAUUUCAAAUAAUAUUGGAUCCAAGACUUGAUAGAAAACAAAAACACCUCUUCAAGUCCGCUCAGAGACUUGCUGUAAUAGCUAACCGAUGCUUGGUCAGAAACCCAAAGAACCGUCCAAAGAUGAGUGAAGUAUUAGAAAUGGUGAAUAGGAUUGUGGAGUAUUCAGUGAGUACUAAUCCACAGUCACCCUUGAAGAAUGUAGCCUCAGUAGAAGCUUCUCAGGACACUGAAAUAAAGAACAAGAAUAGGAUCAUGGAUCCAAAACCAGGAGUUUGUAAUUGGUUUAGGAUGUGGAGACCAAAGCUUUUAAGAGCAUGUUGAUUAUUGAAGCUUUAAAUUUAUCAAGGCUAUGAAUUGGAGGCAAAGCUUCUUUAUGACAAGAAUCAUCUAUAAUUACCAUACUUGGGACACCACAAAGAGCUUAUGUUAAUGCGAUGUUGUCACAAAAAAAAUGUCUAAGCUCUUCAUCUCCUCUAACAAUGUGUACAAACUGCCUGUGCUCCUCACGGGUUCUUCUAGCUUGUUAAACUAUUUAAUGAAAAUUUUAGGGAUGCUAUUGAAGUACGUGAGAGGAAUGAGUUAUGUACUUCAAGGUAGAGGCUGGAUUUCUAUGAUAUACUAACUCUGUUGAUGAGCCUGAUGCAUCUGGUUGUUCUGGAUCUCAGAGAAGCCAGUAUACUGAAAAGUGUACAUUAAUCACUUUAAUGGAUGUAAAAUAGUUUGGUUGUAAUUUGAAGGCAUUGG